UUCACACAGGUCUUCUCUCCCGCAGGAUGAAGAGCAUGUUCCCAGCGUGUCUGCUGUUGUGGGCCGCGCUCAGCGUGCUGGCGGCCGGCGACCCCGAUUCGGAGAGGGUGAAGCGGCAAGCUUUCGGACGCCCGCAGGGAGCCUUUGGUCAACCGCAGUCCUUCCGAGUGUCAGGCCCUCAGAAGUUCGAAAAAGACCCGAUCACAGGGCAGUUCGUCCCCGUGGGCGACCGAGACAGCCUCUCAGGGGCAGGGCUUUCAGGGGGGCUGAGCCAGCUGCCGUGGCUGGCCCAGGUGGUGGGCCCCAACCUCACCCUCCCCCUCAGCCUCGCCAGGAACACCAACUUCCAGAUCGCCCGCGACCAGCCUGACUUGAUGUACCAGGAAUGCCGGACGCCAAGUAACCAGUAUGGCCGCUGCAGACACUUAGUUUACUGCAUGUUACCGGAGUUCACCAGUUACCAGGCGUUCUUGCCUUACGGGUGUCCGAUUCAGGGCAAAUACGUGGGUGCGUGCUGCCCCCGUCCGGGACCCGCAGUCGCCCCAGGGUUCCCUCCGGUCCCCGGCCAGUCGCAGACGCCCGCGCCCGCCACCAACGUCGAUGCUUGCGGAGAAACGGUCAACGUCCGCAUCGUGGGUGGGGAGCCUACACGGGCGCAAGAGUUCCCUUGGGUGGUGGCAGUGAUGCGGACGGGCGCAGAUCCUAACCAGUACUGCGGCGGCGCCCUCAUAUCCAACAGACACGUUCUCACGGCCGCCCAUUGCCUCGCCGGGUUCGACUGGAGCACCAUCUGGGUUCGCGUGGGCGAGUACGACUUCCGCCGAACUGACGACACACCGCACAGAGACAUCCGAAUCGCGGACUUCCGCCUCCACAGCAACUUCAACAGCCGGACCUUCGAGAACGACAUCGCCCUGCUGAUCCUCGAGCAGCCCGUCACCUUCAAUAACUACGUGCGCAAGAUCUGCCUUCCUCCUGCCGGGCAGUCCUUCAUCAACACACGUGCGACCGUAACAGGCUGGGGCGCGCUGGCCUAUCAGGGUCCCGUAUCACCUGUGCUGAAUAAGGUCGUGCUGCCCAUCUGGGACAACGAGCAGUGCGACGCAGCCUACGACCAGCCGAUCCGGUCGACCAUGCUGUGCGCGGGACUUCCUGAGGGCGGUCAGGACUCGUGUCAGGACGACAGCGGAGGCCCUCUCAUGGUGCAAAAUAACAACAAGUGGACGGUGGUAGGGAUUGUGUCCUUUGGAACGCGCUGCGCCGAGCCCGGGAAGCCUGGCGUCUACACCCGCGUCAACAGCUUCCUCGACUGGAUCAGGAGCAACGCCUAAAGUGCGUGGGUCAAGGAGGCCGGCGGAGGGGACGGCGGAGAAGAGGACGAAAGAGGAAGGGGGACUGCGGGAGGAAAGGACGUGAAUUCGAUGGUUGAAAAAGAAAACGUGACUUAACCAUUGGUACAACUAUACUUUACAGGGAAAUGGAAAGAAAGGCGAGAGAAAAGGGAGGAAGGGCACAUGGGAAGAUGUUGAAAGUAAGACGAAAUGGGGAACUGAAAGUUACCAGAGAAGUAAAUGUUAAAAUCACGAAGUAAAUUUAAGAAGCUCUAAAUGUGGGAAAACAUCGCGAGACUGAGAACGUAUCCUUGUUUUCAGUUUUUUAAAAAUACGCAGAGCAUUCCAGUUCCUCUGUAUACAUGCGCUUUAGAAGUGGCAUUAGAAUAACUAAAAGAGUUGAAAUGUGUUCGAUUUCCUUAGGAAAUUAUUGUCUUACACAAUGUACAUAAACAUCGUGGAAUAAAUGUUCUCUGUAUGCGAAAUGACUGCAUUAUAUUCAACUGAACACAAUAAACGGAGAAGGGAACAAA